GGAUGUUAAAAGGGAGUCCAAUAAAUACUCAAUAAAUGCUGUUAUAAAACGCUCCAAAGAGGUUAUAGAACUUAUAGCUUCGCAUUUUUGGCCUAACGUUUUCAUUGUUCACCACUAUUUAUGAUUGUAUUCAGAAAUCACAAUAUAGAUUAUUCUAUCCAAAUCUCAAAUCUUUAAUCUCUCAAUAUAAUUCUUAGCAAUUUUAUUGAAAUGAUUUCCCAAAUAUUGUUGAUUUUCUUAGCAUUUUCAGUUUCCGUCGUAUGUUCGAGUAGAGCGUUGGGGCCAUCUCCGGACAAUCCGCUAAUGAAGGUAUUUCCUCAAAGGCAAAGCAUAAUUUUUUUUUUCUUAAAGCAUAAAUAUUUUACCAAAUGUGAUACACAGGUUUAUCUCGUCCAUGUUGAUUUUGAAUUGUAUCAUGGUGACUGUAAGCAAUACCAACAACUUCUCAAAAAGGUGGUUCACGGAAGGUCACCAAAAGAUGCUCUUAUAUAUUGCUACAAGGAAGUCGUGAGCGGCUUUGCAGCAAAACUUACCGAUGAAGAGGCUAAAAAAUUAAUUGGUGAAAAAGGGAUUUAUGGUGUAGAUGAAGACGAAGUAUACUCCAUGAACGUCGAACCCUAUAGCCAUAGGUUGGCAAAGGAUAUUAAUAACUAGUUACUUAAUAUUGUAAGGGUUUUUCUUUUGGUUCGGUAAAUUACUCUUGUAAGGUUCACUUGAAAACUUGGCUAAAAACAAA